AUGGCGACGGCGGUGUUCGGCGCUGGGGCGGCCGAGCGGGUGCUGCCGGCCUCCCCCAACUGGUACUGCAGCCGGUGCAGCGACACCUCCCAGGACGGGCGCCUCUUCGGUUUCGCGGCGCGUCACAACGUGUGUCUCCUGGAGAUCCGCCCCGCCGCGCCCGCCUUCCACGGGGAGCUAGUUGGCCACACCGAAAGAGUUUCUGGUUUUUCGUUUUGUCCCAAUCCUGGUCAGAACUACUACUGUGCCAGCAGCUCUGAUGAUGGAGCUGUGAAAAUCUGGAAUACACAGACAUUGACUGUCGUGAUGGAACAUAUGCUGCAUCAGAAUACAAUUUCUGCAUUGCACUGGUCACCCAAAGUGAAAGACUUGGUUGUGUCUGGUGAUGAGAAGGGAAUAGUAAUCUGUUACUGGCAUAAUCGAAAUGACAGCCAGCAAUUCUUCCCAGAGCCUAGAACCAUAUUCUGUCUCACUUGCUCUCCGCACCAUGAGAAUUUGAUAGCCAUUGGCUAUAAAGAUGGAAUCGUGGUCAUUAUCGACACCAGCAGAAAGGGAGAUGUUGUUCAUCGCCUGAGAGGCCAUGAUGAUGAAAUACAUUCCUUGGCAUGGUGCCCUGUUCUUGGUGAGGAAGGUAUAUUCAGUCGACAAGAAGAGUUCCAAGAAGACACCACUACUGGAGGUGUGGCAGAAGAUGCAGCUGUAGCAAAAGGGUACUGCUUGGCCUCAGGAAGCAAAGAUCAGACCAUCCGUGUGUGGAACUGUACUAGAGGCAGAGUGGUAAUGACUCUGAAGUUGCCUUUUUUGAAAAGAAGAGGUGGAGGUGUUGAAUCAGCUGUGAAAGAGCGCCUCUGGUUAACACUGCACUGGCCUCAAAGUCCGCCCACACAGAUCUUAUCCAGCUGCUUUGGAGGUGAAUUGCUGCAAUGGGAUUUGACACAACCUGGGAAGCGGAAGUGGGAACUCCUGGGAGCUUCAUCUGAAGGACAAAAUCACUCCAGAAUAGUGUUCAAUUUGUGUUCCUUGCAAAGAGAGGGCAGGCAGCUACUUCUCUCCAUAUCAAUGGACAGAGAUGUGAAGUGUUGGGACCUGGCAACUUUAAAUUGCUGCUGGACUAUGCCCUCUCUCGGAGGUUUUGUUUACAGCCUGGCCUUUUCCCCAGUGGACACGGGCAGCCUUGCUGUAGGAGUUGGAGACAGCAUGCUCCGGGUGUGGAACACCUUGUCCAUUAGCAAUCACUAUGAUGUAAAAACCUUCUGGCAGGGGAUUAAAUCCAAGGUCACUGCUUUAUCUUGGCACCCAACAAAGGAAGGUUGUUUAGCCUUUGGAACAGACGAUGGGAAAGUCGGCGUCUACGACACCUACUCCAGCAAGCCUCCACAGAUCUCCAGCACCUAUCACAAGAAAACGGUGUACACGUUAGCCUGGGGACCUCCUGUUCCUCCAUUGUCUUUUGGAGGAGAUGGCGACAGGCCUUCUGUAACCUUGUACAGCUGUGCUGGAGAGGGAAUAGUCUUGCAGCACAAUCCUUGGAAACUUAGUGGAGAAGCCUAUGACAUCAACAAGCUCAUCCGAGAAACUAAUUCAGUCAAACACAAACUACCAGCACACACAGAGAUCAGCUGGAAACCAGAUGGCAGUAUCUUGGCUAUUGGUAACGAAGAUGGAUCAAUUGAAAUAUUUCUGGCUCCCGACUUGAAACUAUUGUGUACCAUCCAGCAGCACCACAAACUCAUCAAUGCUAUUCGUUGGCAUCAUGACCAUGGGACACAACCAGAACUGAGUUACAUGAUAGCUUCGGGCUCAAACAAUGCUGUCAUUUAUAUACAUAACAUCAAGAGUGUCAUAGAGAACUCCGCAGAGAGGCCUGUGACAAUAACUGAGCCCUUUCGGACUCUGGCGGGGCACACAGCCAAGAUCACUAGCUUGUCUUGGAGCCCCCAUCAUAAUGGAAGACUGGUAUCUGUUUGCUAUGAUGGCACUGCCCAGGUUUGGGAUGCUCUAAAGGAAGAGCCCUUGCACAAUUACCGGGGACACCGGGGACGGCUACUUUGUGUACAGUGGUCACCUGUGGAAGCUGACGCCAUUUAUACCGGAGCCGAUGAUUUUUGUGUUCAUAAAUGGGUAGCUAUAAAGCAGGAACACAGCCGUCCUCCCCAAGGUAAAAAAACCAUUGAGUUGGAGAAAAAGAGAAGCACUCAAAUCAAACUAAAAGCCAAGAAAAAAAAGAAGCCAUCAGGGAAGUUGCCUUCAACGCAGGAUAUGAGUGAUUGGCUGAAUGGUGGGGAGAACGUGAAAGAGUCUCCUUUGGAGGAAAAUGGAGUGUCAGACCAAGAGGGAGUAAAGGAGCAACAGGAGCAGGAGACAGUUGAGAGAAUUUCCAUAGAAGUUCACAAAGAUUCGCCUGCAGGUCCAUCACUUGCCCACGGGCCAGACGUUCAAAAGCCAUCUAUGAUCCUCAAAACCCCACUUGUGAGGAGGGAUCAAAUAAAACCAGGAUCAGAUGCUUCUGUGAAAAGAAAAAAGUCUCGCUCCAUCCUACCUCUCAGCACAUCUAUGGACCACAGGUCGAAAGAGGAGCUGCACCAAGAUUGUUUGAGACUAGCGACUUUCUUACACUCAAAAGAUCUGAAUGAGGAUUUACCCUCUCGUUCAAGGGAUCCUGUCCAUUUGGGGCUAUUCACAGAUAGGCCUGCCCUGUACAAGAUGAUGGAAGCAGAAGGAAAAAGCCACUUAGAGAAUGGACACCCAGAGUUAUUUCAGCAGCUCAUGGUGUGGAAAGGAGACCUGAAAGGUGCCCUCCAGACAGCUGCAGAAAGAGGAGAGUUAACAGAUCAACUGGUGGCCAUCUCGCCAAUGGCUGGCUAUCAAGCCUGGGCAUGGACAGUGGAAGCCUUUGCAAAGCAGCUGUGUUUUCAAGAACAGUACGUCAAGGCUGCCUCCCAUCUCCUCUCUCUCCAUAAAGUGUAUGAGGCUGUGGAGCUGCUGAAACUGCAUCACUUUUUCAGGGAAGCUAUUGGAAUUGCCAAGGCUAGGUUGCAACCUGAAGAUCCGGUUCUGAAGGAUCUGUACACCAGCUGGGCAGCAGUGCUGGAGAAAGAUGGGCAUUAUUCCAUGGCAGCCAAAUGUUACCUGGGAGCUGCCUCUCCCUAUGAUGCAGCCAAAGUACUGGCUAAAAAGGGAGACACCACAUCCCUUAAGGCUGCUGCUGAAUUGGCUCUGAUAGCUGGAGAGAAAGACCUGUCUAUGACGUUUUCCCUCAGAUGUGCCCAGGAGUUUCUGUCUUCCAAAAACUGGAUAGGGGCACAAGAAAUCCUCCAGCAGCAAGACAAUUUGUUGGGGCACAGAUUGGUGUUCUGUCUGAACGAAUUGCUUCACAAAAGCCUUAGUGAACAGGAUCUGGUGGAAAAUCGAGGCCCGUCCGCACCUUGCUAUCACAGCUGGGCAGCGAAGCAGGACUGUUCUUUCAUAGAAAUGGUGAUCAGUGUGUGGCAGAGCAUAUUUGGUGUGAAUACUGCUGAACAGUCACAAAACUUAUUUGAACAGCUGAGAACUCAGGAAUAUCCUACUACGACUAGCAAUACUCAUCCCAGGCAGCUCCUGUUCCAUAUUUCUCAUGAACUGACCCUGGCAUUUCUGAGCCUUCAGGCAGCUUCAUGGGAGGAGGCCGUGAAAGCUAUGCUUGGAGCUGUGACCCGCACCUACAAUGCUGGAAACUUCCGUCUUAUGCAAGAAAUCUGCAACCUUCUCCUUCCUACAGGCUGUGACCAUCUGGGAGACAAGCUGGACAGCACAAACUCACAAAGCAUGGCCACUUUCAGAAGUUUAGAGGCUUUUGUGGCUUAUGGGCAGCUGUACCACCUGUGGUGGAACCUACCUGCGGAUCCUCUGGUCUCAGCUUGCUCUCCCAAGGGGUCCCCACUUAGCCAGAGCAACACUGAAAGAGCCUCUUUGCCUGCCGAAACCGCAAGUGAUGUUGAAGUGAAGAUGGAAGAUCCCAUUUGCAAAGGGCACAAUAAUGACACUCUCUCGGAAACUGACUCAGCAGGCAACUCCAGCCUCUUAACAGAAAGACAAGUGAAACUAAGGGGCUGUCGAGUGCUCCUUUCGGAAGAAUAUGCUUUAAUCCAGAGUACACAGAGGGAUAUCUCUCAAGUUCAGCAGACUUUGGCAGACUUGAUCUGCCAGCAUCAGAAAAACAAUUUCCACCAAAGUGUCAGCAACAAGCAGGAUUUAGAAGCGGAAUCCCUGAUUAGUCAGAGUCAGAAUAAAGAACAAGUGAGUGAACCAAUUACUCUGCCAGAUCUGACGAAACAACUUACAGAAGCAAAUAAGAAACUAGCAGAGUUUCCAGAGUGUAUAAUGGUUUCUCCUUUUCCUGAUGUAUUGGAGUGCUGCCUUGUUGUGCUUCACAUGGGUAUCCACUGUCGUGUGGAGAUGGUUCCAGAAUUACAGGAGCAAUCAUUAGAACUACUUAGAAAAUAUAGCAGAACUCAUAUAUGUAAAGAAGCUUGCAGAAAAUUCUUUAUGUGAAUCUCCUGCUUUUUUUCUCUCAAUGUGAAAGACUUUAAUUUGAAGUAUGUUUCAUUCUAGAAUGGAUGAACAAGGGACUACUGUUAUACAGUCAUGCUGGUCAGUUAUUUGGGUUUGGAAUAAUGGGGGGAAAGCCGCCAAACCAAAAUGACCAACUUUUCUUUUGUCCGAUCAACAUAUUUUCUACUUGGAAGGAAAACUAUGCAGAGGGUCUUUCUAAUAAACAAAAACUAUAGAAACUCGUUUGUGCAUCCCUCCCUUUGAGGGGUAGGAUUGUAAUAACUAACCAAUUAAAAACAAUGUACACUAUAAAAUUGAGAUGCAGUCAUUUUUAAUCAUU